GACUGCAAACAUGCUGAAGUGAUUUGCAGCUGGGUUGUUGAAAAAUACAUAUAUCCUACUAAUUGUUGUUUAGCCUUGUGUGCUUGAUGGGUAGGAUGUCCGCAGUUAGGUAACACAGGCCUGUGAGAGACUUAGAGGUACCUUAUCGAACAUCCUUGAGAUUUCUGCCCUGCUUUGGGAAAGAUAAAAGCACAGGGGAAAAGUAUACCUGCAAAAAUCCUUGAUAGAUACAGGUGAAAGCAUCAGUUCUUCUGAAAACCAGGAUGCACUUCCAGUGGGACUGGCUGUGCUUGGGUGUCCUGUUAAUUAGCUCAGUGACCACAGAAACUGAAAAUGAAGAAACUCGGGAUGUAGAUGUUGAAGUGGAGGAUUUUGACAAGCAGUCUCAAGAAGCCGAUGUUGACAGAGAUACAUCUUCCUUAGGGAUUGUGUACCAGACUCCUAAGCCAACUGGGGAAGUGUAUUUUACAGAAACCUUUGAUGGAGUAUUGGCUGGGUGGGUUUUGUCUAAAAGCAAGAAAGAAGACACAGAUGAUAACAUUGCUAAAUAUGAUGGAAAAUGGGAAGUAGAAGAGCUGAAAAAAAACACAGUGCCUGGAGACAGAGGAUUAGUGCUAAAAUCGGCGGCAAAGCAUCAUGCAAUAUCAGCUAUGCUAACAAAAGCAUUCAUUUUUGAUAAGGAACCUUUGAUUGUUCAAUAUGAAGUGAAUUUUCAAGAAGGCAUUGACUGUGGUGGUGCAUAUAUUAAACUUCUCUCCAGUAGUGAUGACUUGAAUUUGGAAUACUUUUUUGACAAAACACCUUAUACUAUUAUGUUUGGACCAGAUAAAUGUGGAGAAGAUUACAAACUGCACUUUAUCUUCAGACAUAAGAAUCCUAAAACGGGAGAAUAUGAUGAAAAACAUGCUAAACGUCCUGACGUAGACCUAAAAAAGUUCUAUUUGGACAAGAAGACGCAUCUAUAUACUCUUGUGCUAAAGCCAGACGAUACAUUUGAAAUGUUAAUUGACCAAACAGUCGUCAGUAAAGGAAGCCUUCUUGAGGAUGUGGUUCCUCCAGUAAACCCUCCCAAAGAAAUAGAGGAUCCAAGUGAUAAGAAGCCUGAUGAUUGGGAUGAGAGACCAAAAAUACCUGAUCCAAAUGCUGUCAAACCAGAUGACUGGGACGAAGAUGAACCUUCCAAAAUAGAAGAUCCCAAUGCUGUUAAGCCUGAGGGAUGGCUUGAUGAUGAACCGCAGUAUGUUCCAGACCCUAAUGCAAAAAAACCAAGGGACUGGGAUGAAGAAAUGGAUGGGGAGUGGGAAGCCCCUCAGAUCCCUAAUCCAAAGUGUGAGACUGCACCUGGUUGUGGACACUGGGUGCGUCCCAUGAAGAAUAACCCGAACUAUAAAGGAAAAUGGAAAGCACCUAUGAUAGAUAAUCCUAACUAUCAGGGAAUCUGGAGCCCUCGGAAAAUACCUAAUCCAGACUAUUUUGAAGAUCUUCACCCAUUCGAGAUGAUCACUGUCAGUGCUAUUGGCUUAGAACUCUGGUCUAUGACAUCCAAUAUCUACUUUGAUAACUUCAUUAUAUGUUCAGAAAAAGAAGUAGCAGAUCGUUGGGCAGCGGAUGGCUGGGGCUUAAAGAAAUUAGUAGCAAGUGCUAAUGAGCCUGGUAUGUUCAGUCAACUGGUGACUGCUGCUGAAGACCACCCAUGGCUCUGGCUUCUUUACAUCUUGACGUUAGCUCUCCCUGUUGGUCUAGGUGUGUUGUUCUGCUGGCCAACAAAGAAAUCUGAAGAAGAUACUGACUUCAGAAAACUUGAUGUAUCUAAGCCAGUUCCAAAGGGAGAACUAAAAUAUGAGAGAGAUGAGUUUGAAGAUGAUGAAAUAGAAUUAGAAGAAGAAAAUGAAGACACUGCUGAAGAUGCAAUGCAUUGCAUGCCUGCAGAGGCCUGUCCUGCUGCCCCAAGGGAGAAAUUCGAGAGAAGAGAAAUGGAGGAGACAAAAAGAGAGUUUAUAAAGGAUACAAAAAAGAUGGGAAGGGAGACUCCUCCUUCAGAAGGUGAGGUUGAAGAUGAUGGAGAUAUUGAUGAUGAAGCAGCAAAUGAAGUUGCAGUUGGAAGUCAAGAAGGUGUUAAUUCAAAUAAAUCUGGUUCAGAAGAUGAGGAGGAAGAAGCUGAUAAAAGCACAAGUUCUGGAGACGGUCAACUGAAAUCAGUGCGCAAAAGGAGAGUACGAAAGGACUGAGUUACUUCCAGCUAGUAUUUUUAGGUCUAAAUAAUAGUAAUUUUUGGUAUGCUACUUCAGUGGGCCUGAUGGCAUGCAAGUUCCUGAGAUUUGAAGGAAAAAGGAGGACUUACUGUUACUUAACCUCCUAUUUUAAUUCUGUAACCUCUUUUAAUCUUCUGAAACUUCUUUGAUUCCCUUUUUUAAAGAGAAAUACUAUCUGUGAGGAGUUAACUGAUGUUUCAAAUUCAGAAUAAAAGUGAAGUUACAAGUUGGUCUACUGAUUUUAAGUUGAAGAUUCUUAAGAUUUGAAGAUUCCUAGAAAUUAGUAUUAGUUGGAGAUAAACUUCCUCUAACUAUUUUUUAAAAACAUUAAUAAAUUAUUUUAUUUUUGCAGCUCUAGCACAAAAUUAGCUGUUUACACUUUUCAGCUAAAAGAAGAUGAUAGUAUAGCUGUAGCAUCUAUAGCAGUUCACGUUGCUAUGAGAAAACGUAUUUUCUGUGCAGAGCUAAAUGCAAUAAUUGUUUUUGUAUGAUGAUUUAGAGCUAGCAACAAUUUUAUUGUACAUUAUUUAUUUUAGUUGAUCUUGUUACAUGGGUGGUCACCUGUUCACUUUAGACAUUGGUUACAGUAAUUUAUUUUUAAGGUAUAUUUUAAAAUAGAAUAUUCAUAAAGCAAGUGGUAGUUUACGUGACUUGUUUUACUUUUGAAUGCAGGUACCAAAUCUGAAGAAGUGACAUACAGACGAUUUUUUCAAACUUUUAUAGUUCUCAUGUUCCAAGCCAGAGUUGUAUGACCUCUGUUUAUAGAACACUUGCUAUGUGUACAUUGCCUCCUAAAAAUAUUUAAUAGUUCUUGCUUAACAUUAAAUUUAUUAAUAUAGAUAAGAAUUUUUGAUGGAUUAAGUUUUUUACAGAUGUGAGUAACUGGGCAUUCUCAUAGUUUAAAUAAAGACAUACUGUAAAAGAAACUUUUGUUUUGAUAAAGUUCAGCUGUAUAUUAAAACAGACAAUAAAACUGCAGUCACCAGAAA